CAACAGGCCACUGUGCAAUAGCAAGCAGUAGUUUUCCCAUGGUCCAGCUAGCUAGCUUUUGUUGUAGGCUAGUUUGCAGAGGCUGCAGCAGGUGUUAUCGAAGUAAAUGUUGUUGCUAAUUUGUUAGCUUGUCCUUUUUCAAGAAUAACUUUCAACAAGAAGUUAAGUUUCAAAUUAUCAUCAUCUGAAAUUAAAGAAACAUCCUGCACAAUGGCAGACAGCGAGAAGUCUGAGCCCAGUGCAGCAGCCAUAGCCCAGCCAGCUGAUGGAGACCAGCAGAGUGUUGUGUCCCGUGUAGGUAGCAUCCCCCUGGUGAGCUCUGCUUGUGGUGUAGUGUCCAACGCCUACAGCAGCACUAAGGACAGCGUUCCCCUUCUGAAGGGGGUCAUGGAUGCUGCCGAGAGCGGGGUGCGCACCCUGGGGGCAGCCGCCACCACCAGCUCCAAGCCACUCCUGGACAGACUGGAGCCACAGAUUUCUGUGGUGAAUCAAUAUGCCAUGAUGGGACUAGACAAGGUGGAAAAACUACAAAUCCUCCAGCAGCCAGCUGACAAGCUGGUUUCAGACACAGUGGGCAUGAUGUACCAGUCUGUUAGCGGGGCAAAAGAGGCCAUGGCUGGAGCCAAGGACACCAUGACUGGGGCUGUAUUGGGGGCAAAGGAGUCAAUAACUGGGGCUGUGACCGGGGCCAAGGAAACCAUGGCUGGGGCCAAGGAGACCAUGACUGGGGCUAUGAUGGCUGCAGUGUUUGGGGGUGUGGAGAUGACCCAAGCAGCAGCCAGUGGAUGGUUCAGCUCAUUCAUGGGGACCGGUGUGGGCCAAAUGGUCAGCAGUGGGGUGGGCCUGGCCCUCAGCCACUCUGAGAACUUGGUGGACCAGAUCCUGCCUCUCAGCGACAGAGAGCUAGCUGCUUUGGCCGAGCCUGCAACAGGUGAGGUGGCUACUGCACCAGUGGUGGGCUCUAGCCCAUCUAGCCCCAGCUACUUUAUCCGUCUGGGCAAGCUAUCCUCCAAGGUGCAGGAGCGGGCCCUGGAGCAGUCCCUGGUGAGAGCCCGGUACGCCAGAGACACUACAUAUGCCACCAUAACCCAGAUCACCAGCACCUUGGACCUGCUGGAGAAUGCCCGCUCCACCCUGGCUGCUGCCAACCACCAGCUGGAAGGGGCACCAGAGCAGCUGCUGCAGCGCUGGAAGGAGUGGCAGGAGAAACAGCCUAAAGAUGGACAAGUAGAUGGCGGGAAGGUGGAUGGUCCCAAAGACCAGACUGCGUUGGAGUGGCGAACCCUCUCGAUGGUGCGUGGUCUCAGUGGCCAGUUGCGGUCUGCCUGCUCUGGUGUGGUGUCCAGCGCCCAGGGCCUGCCCAGUGCGGUCCAGGACCAGCUGGCAAAUGCACAGAAAGCAGCUGAAGAACUGCACUCCUCCCUGGGCAACGCUAGCACCCUCACACCCCACCUCCUGGAACAGACCCGUUAUCAUCUAACACAGGUGCGACAUUCUCUAGAUGGCGUAAUGGAGUAUCUGCUCAAUAACACUCCUCUCAACUGGCUGGUGGGACCCUUUGCACCCCAGCUCACUGAGAAGGGGGAGGACAGGCAGGCUGUGGAUAAAGGCCCUCAGACCUAGGCUUGGUUUGAGGACCGACCGGUUGGAGUAGAUUACUUCAAAAAGGCUUGCACUUCAUCUGCUUUCAGUGACCGAGGCCAUAGAUUAACAUGUUGCUGGCAUGGUGUGUUCAUUUUUUUGUACAGAGCAGUAAAUGAUGCACUUACUGCACACACUUGUGAUAAUAACAUGGUACAUACAUAUGUGAAUCACAAUACUGUUUUUGAAUCACAAUACUGUUUUGUAUAUUCUCCAGAAGGGGAUGACUACUAAAAUGGCCAUAUUUGUGCUGUAAAUCACACUCCAAUCUGUGAAUGUUAAGGAACCAUUUAAAACCAACUAAUUUUGUUUUUCUGUAACACUAACUGUACAAAAUGCUGUAUAAACCCCACGUGACUGAUCUUUAAUCCUUAAAAAUGUACGAAAAGGGGUCAUGACAAAUUGGUGUGAUAUUUCUGUGCUCUCCUCUGUAUGUGUAUGCAUCUGAAAGAUCUCUUGCUGUUGUUCUUGAUUGCUAAUGUGGUCAAUAAAGUAUUGUUGACUCUC